AAGGGCUUCUGCAUCGACAUCCUCAAGCGGCUCUCGCGCUCCGUGGGCUUCACGUACGACCUCUACCUGGUGACCAACGGGAAGCACGGCAAGAAGAUCGACGGCGUCUGGAACGGCAUGAUCGGAGAGGUGUUCUACCGCCGCGCCGACAUGGCCAUCGGCUCGUUGACCAUCAACGAGGAGCGCUCCGAGAUCGUGGAUUUCUCCGUGCCCUUCGUGGAGACCGGCAUCAGCGUCAUGGUGUCGCGUAGCAACGGCACCGUCUCGCCCUCCGCCUUCCUGGUCCGCCUGUCGCCAGGCACAGCCGCCUCCACAUUCGGCCCCAGGAGGACACAAUGGGGCCGGUUGUCACCCAGGGGUGGCACCGGGGACGCUCGGGGUGACGCCGGGUGACAAGUCCGCCUGUCGCCAGGCGCGGGCGGCUCCAAGUUCACCAUCGGCAAGUCCAUCUGGCUGCUCUGGGCGCUGGUGUUCAACAACUCGGUGCCGGUGGAGAACCCCAAGGGCACAACCAGCAAGAUCAUGGUGUUGGUCUGGGCCUUCUUCGCCGUCAUCUUCCUCGCCAGCUACACCGCGAACCUGGCGGCCUUCAUGAUCCAGGAGGAGUACGUGGACACCGUGUCGGGGCUCAGCGACCGCAAGUUCCAGCGCCCGCAGGAGCAGUACCCCCCGCUGAAGUUCGGGACGGUGCCCAACGGCAGCACCGAGAAGAACAUCCGGAGCAACUACCCCGACAUGCACAGUUACAUGGUGCGCUACAACCAGCGCGGCGUGGAGGACGCCCUGCACCACCUCAAGACGGGGAAGCUGGACGCCUUCAUCUACGACGCGGCGGUGCUCAACUACAUGGCGCGCAAGGAAGAGGGUUGCAAGCUGGUGAACAUAUACGAGAUCGAGCUGCUCGAGCGCCUGUGGCUCUCGGGCAUCUGUCACCACGACAAGAUCGAGGUGAUGAGCAGCAAGUUGGACAUUGACAACAUGGCCGGGGUCUUCUACAUGUUGCUGGUGGCCAUGGGGCUGAGUCUGCUGGUGUUCGCCGGGGAACACCUGGUGCACAGGCGGCUGCGGCACCGGCACCGGCGCGGGAGGCACCGCGUGCUGCUGGCCUUCAGCAGG